AUAUGCACUAAAUAAAGAGGAUUUCGGCGACCAAAAGUGGUCCCAUAAAAGGAACUAACAACAGCAUAAAGCUUUGGAAUUAGGAAAGGGAACUUGUAGAAGGCCACAACAAUACAAUAUUCUUAAUCUAUCAAGUACCGACAGCUCUGAAGAGAGCAAACAAUACCGACAGCUCUGAAGAGAGCAAACAACCGUAUAUAAAAUUCUAGAGACCAAAUCAGCACCCAUAAUCCUCUUUCGUUGCUCGCCAGCCUGCAUCCUGAGACACUCCCAAAUUCCCAAUGUUCCACCGCGCCAGCUCGCGACUUUGAUCCCGUUCCAGCCUCCGUUCCGUUCGGGUCCUGCUGGUCCAUUACCCUUGUAACUAAAACCCCAAAUCUGUCUCAAGUCCGAGCAAUUUCAAAGCGUGAAGCUCUGCUCACGUCGUCGCCUCCGCGUCCGCCACCCACUCAACAACGCGGCGGCGAAUCGCGGGCGGUUCGCCGCCGACCGCCGCCGCCUUUCCCUCGCCAGCCCCCCGCUCCUGAAGCAAUGGUACUGGACCACGCCAUCAGGGGCUCGGCGGCCCGCAGGGCUGAGACCCAAACCCUAGCGCCAGUGCUGCUCAUGGGCCCGCCGCCUCCACCGCCGAUCCCACCGACGACGGGGAUGUACCUCCCGGGGCCCCCACCCCCCGGGACGCUCCUGCCGCACCCGAUGCACAUGGCGCUCCCGCGUGAGGUCAUCAUUUACAUGGACGAGUGUCGGAGCCGCUCCCUCCUCAAGUUCAUUUCCGACGCGGGGAUUGUGCCUUCGCUAGAGGACGAGCGGAGGAGGGAGCGGGUAGUACGCGAGCUCGGCAAGAUAGUAAUGGAUUGGGCAAAGAGGGUGGCCUACGAGCAGGGCAACUGGCACUGGAUCGCUUCAGCCACGGUGUUGACCUUCGGUUCCUAUGCCCUGGGGGCGUAUGGACCUGAAUCUGAUAUUGAUGUCCUCUGUAUUGGUCCUUGUAUUGCAUCGCUGCAACACCAUUUUUUUGUUGUCCUGCGACAAAUGCUCGAAGGGAGGCCAGAAGUAUCAGAAUUGCAUUCAAUUGAAGGAGCUAAGGUUCCAUUGAUGCGUUUUAAAUUCAAUGGGAUUUUAGUUGACUUUCCUUAUGUUCAACUCCCAGUGAUCAAUGCUGCAGAGAAAUUUCAAUAUUUGUUGCGGUGCCUCAAACUAUGGGCAAGAAAAAGAGGACUUCAUUGCCAUCUACUUGGCUUCUUCGCUGGAAUUCAUUUGGCUAUCCUUGCUGCAUAUGUUUGCCGCAGACAUCCGAAUGCUAGUAUAAAUACUCUGUUGUCUUUGUUCUUCGACAUUUUUGUUCACUGGCCUUGGCCUCUUCCAGUGAGUUUGCUUGAUCCGCCUGUUCCUUGUCGGGGUCCUGAUGGGUGCUCCCUCAUGCCCAUAAUGUUGCCAUGUAUUCCACCAGAAUUUUGCUCCUCUAGUACAACAGAAAGUACUUUCAGCAAAAUCAAAGAAGAACUUUGGCGUGGCUAUGCUCUAAGCAAGGAUACCAGAAGUACUGAUUUUAACUGGAGUUGGCUCUUUGCACCUUUUCCAUAUGGUGCAAGAUACAAAUGCUUUCUCCGCAUAGUUCUCUCUGCUCCGAUGGGAGAAGAAUUGCGUGACUGGGUUGGAUGGGUGAAAUCACGAUUCCGCAACCUUCUUCUCAAGCUGGAGAGUCUUGGUGUUUACUGUGACCCUGAUCCCUCAGAACAAGUUGAUCAUACCAUCACUGAUCCAAAUGUUGUAUUCUUCUGGGGUCUCAUCUAUAGAAGGAAUAUUCAAAUAUGUAUAAGUUCUCUCAAAGAAGAUUUCAUGAAAAGUGUCUGCAAUAACAUCUAUGGAAAGGAAAAAUGUGCCCAUUCAGACAUCACAAUGUCCAUUGUUGGGCCUCCCCAGCUGCCAAAAAGUGUCUUUGAUCUCUCAGUUUACUCUGAAAAGCUGCCACAACAUAUGAUGGGGCACCAACUAAUGAAGCAGAACUACAAUGCAGUCAGUUAGGCUCAGCUGUCAUAUUGCGUGCGAGCUUCAUAUGUCAAUAUCACAACAGCAAGAAGCUGCUGUUGAAGUCGUUUUCAACAUCAGAUUUGAAUUUUUUUUUACUGCCCUUUUUAGAUGUAGGGGCUUGUUCAUGCCUCGGGAACAAGGAAUAUGGGAGAUUUUUUCCUUGUGAAGCUGGAUGUCGAUAGCUGGAUCUCUUCAAGCAUCCAGCAAAAUGAGAUGGAAGCAUCUCUUGAAGCAUUCAAGCGACUUAUUCCUGUUAUGAGGUGUGUGUGCAGGUACAUGCAUAUUCAUGUACACAUCAUAGCAAUUGGUAUACAAGUGAGGAGGAGGUACGGUAUAGCUGUAUGUAAACUGUAGAUGUAAUGUUUGUACUCAGCAGCAGAAAUGUGUAAAUUGCUUCCUGUUAGCGCUGCUUCUGGGCACAGAUGCUGAGGUUGAUAUGGAGGCCAUGAAUGGAAGCUAUAUAUUCCAGGCCAGUAUGCAAAUGCAAGUGUUUUGGAUCGAUUCGACCCACUUUUGUUUUUUAGGCUGUAAAAAAACUGUGUCCUAGAAUCCAAGGAUUCUUAUGGUAAUGAGUAUGACUUUGUGGAAGAAAAACGUUUACUCAUGCGAA